UGUGUGUGCGUGUGUGUGUGUAUGUGUGCGCGUGUGUGCGAGUGAGUGAGCGGGCGGGCGGCGCGAGUGUGGCCGCCGCGGAGCGCCAGCAGGACCCGGCGGGCGCGCUCCCCCAGCCUCUCUCUCCCCGCCAGAACCAUGUCGGGCAGGUCGGUUCGAGCCGAGACCAGGAGCCGGGCCAAAGAUGAUAUCAAGAGGGUCAUGGCGGCUAUCGAGAAAGUGCGCAAAUGGGAGAAGAAGUGGGUGACGGUAGGCGACACAUCCCUGCGAAUCUACAAGUGGGUCCCUGUGACGGAGCCAAAGGUUGACGACAAAAGCAAGAACAAGAAGAAGGGGAAAGAUGAGAAGUGUGGUUCUGAAGUAACCACUCCAGAGAACAGCUCGUCCCCAGGGAUGAUGGACAUGCACGAUGAUAACAGCAACCAGAGCUCCAUCGCAGACGCCUCCCCAAUCAAACAGGAGAACAGCAGUAACUCGAGCCCGGCUCCGGAGCCCAGCUCAGCAGGGCCCGGCGAUGGCCCCGACGCCAAGGCUGAUGAGGCCCAGGCCGAUGGGAGGGAGCUCCCUGGGGCAGAAGAUGCUUCUGACGAGCAGAAUUCACAGUCUUCAGUGGAAAACUCGAUGAACAGUUCAGAGAAAGUCGAGCGGCAGCCAUCUGGAGAUGCAGGUCUAGCUGCAGAGAUGUCCACAAUUUCUCAGGACUUGGAAGGCGUGCCACCCUCUAAAAAGAUGAAAUUGGAGGCUUCCCAACAAAACUCUGAAGAGAUGUAGACACUAAGUUCAGUCCUGCGAUCCACGUUUCUCGGGAGACACAUUGGCAGGCUUAAUCCCAGAACAGUUUCACCUGAGCCAUCUCUCUCAGGUGCAAACAGAACUACUAACUUCUCAAGUUUACCAAGUGCAAACCCAAGAAAACCUAGAACAGCGUGACUUCUCAGACACUGAAGAACUUCCUGCUGUGAAGCAAAACCCCUGAGUCUUGAAGUGACUGUCCUUGGGAAGGUGGGGCCGACAGCUCAGGAGGGUCCGCACUCUCUGGAGCCAAGAUUACAUUUGUGUUGCUGCUGUAUUGUUUUUUUUCCACUUCUCUAUUUAAUGAUAUAAGCUACUGGAGGGUGGUACCGAUCAGGAAUCUGCUUCUCGUCCAGGCUUUUCACUGUUCAGCCGAUUCCUUCUGCUUUCUUUUUUUGUGCCUUGUGCCCUUGAGGUGACCUCUGGCAUGUUUUCCUGGUUGUUUUGCAUCUCCCUUGAAAAGUGCCCUCUUGGUUUUGUUCAGGCAGCCACUGCCAUGUUCCUCACAUCUCUCUCCUCCCUGGUCCAGGACUUCAUCUGGAGCAAGAAGCUGAACAGGCUCAGGGACGCCCUGAGCCCUGGGUUGGGACAGCACUGGCCUCCAGGGUCCAAGGAGUCUCAGAUGUCAGGGCACCGUCCCCAAGGGCUGGCCACUCAAAAUGCUCUCACUUCCUCGGGGCAUCUGAGGCCGGUGUUCCCAAGCCCUCAACGGCCCAGGUGGACACACGGUGGUUCAGCCACUUCUACCCUCUGCCCCCACCAUACCACCUUCUGCCACACCUCUGGAGACGAGGUGACUUCUCUGGCUGCUGCAGGAUUGUCUCCUUAGACGACAGAAGGGCUGAGGAGGCUGGGAGCAGGUGGUUGGAAUAGCUGGUGCUGAACUUUCUCUCAUAGGAAUUGUGUGGAUUCAAAUCUACGGUAACCUGCUGCCCUUGCCUCCCCAGCUCCACCCAGUCCCACCUCCCAGGGAGGGCAAGAUCAAGGUCGCCGAAAUCCCUGACUCAGUAAUGUUUCUGACUCUCAGAGCCAACAGGUGGAUAUAUCUCAUUCCCAGAACGCGCCCGAAGGCCCCCACCAGGGAGCGGGCCUUGAUGGUUGGGCCUCAAAGGCCAGAAACAAGGUGCCAGUGAAUUGGAAAGCUUUGAACUCCUCCUGAAAGGGGUGAUGAAUCGCUCCCUUGCCUCCACCCCUGCCUGCUGGGUCAGCUUCCUCCUGCUAAAACGGAGAUGCCCCCUUGGACUAACUGCCUGAUUGUUUGGUUCUGAGGCCUGGUUUGCUCUUAAUUCCUGUAUGAACUCCUCAGACCUUGAUCCUUUUCCUGAGCUUUCUUUACUGCACUGGAGUUCCAACUCCCUUUGAGCUGUGGGAGGGAGGGGGGUUGCGGGUUUUGUUUUUUUUGUUUUUGUUUUGGCUAAUCGGUGCAUAUUCAGGUACCACCUUUGACACGUGGCUCUCUUUCCUGACCACAGUGGGAAGUGUCUGCCAGAUUCCAUUUUCUAGGAGUUUCUGAGAGUGGGGCUCUUUUUUUUUUUUUUUUUAAAGGGAGCCAAUCUAUUUCCUGCACUUCAAGAAGAAUCAAAAUGUUCCUGAAUUUCAAAUACCUCAUGCAAAAAUGUCUCCUGAAAUAAGGGAAGAAAAAAAACAAACUUUGAAAAUUUUAAUGUUGGAGUUAGCAAUGCCGAAAGGUUUCUGUCUUAAAAAAAAAAUCCUUACCAAUUUUGCCCCUCAGGCAGUCAGUUCUGUGGAGAACUGUGUUCUGCAUUACCUCUCAGCGUAUCUCACGGCGGCUUUACCUCCAGUUCCUCUAGAGUUAGAGCAACUCCUUUCUUUGCAGCGAAACUCCAUUUUGGUGAAAGAUGAAUUUGUGUAUUUAUUUCCUUCUCUUUUUGGGAAAUGAGAGGUUGCAACCAAGACAGCUGAAGGAGAAUCACACACGCAUCCACGGAAAUGGCAAGUCAGCCAGGGUUCCCCCACGUCCCUUCUGUUGGCAAUGGCCUCUCUGGACAGGUAAGGGGAGUCGACACGGCUGAGGAUGACGACAUCCACAAUACCGAGGCUGUCAUAGUUUUUCUCUGAAGUGCCUGAAGGUAGGAAUGGGCCAGUGGUCAGGACCGACUGGGCCCCCCCAAUGGCUCCGCCAGGCAAAGCACCAGCGGCCUGCACUCAGCGCUGGCCAGGAAGGCCUUCCACACACGGAGUGGUUAGACUGCAAAAAUCCAGAUGUGCUUCCUGCCCUGACACAGUCCGCUCCUUGGAGCUGCUGUUCCCCACCCCGCCCCCAACCCCGUCCCACCUCAGAA